AUGGUUUAUCUCAGUCCCUAUUUUCCCAUGAAGGUUUUAUGUGUUUCCAUUCCUUGUUUCCUUCCCCCAUCUCCCCCCUUUAUUAUUGGUCCUAUCUGUUUCCCCAAGCCUUCAGCAGNGGGGGGCGGGGGCGGGGGGGGGGGGGGGGGGGGCGGCGGCGCGGGGGGGGCCGAGCCCGAGCUCUUCAAAACCACCAACUUCACGAGCUUCAUCCGUCAGCUCAACCUCUACGGCUUCCGCAAGGUGGUGCUCGGGGGGCCCGGGCCAGCGGGGCCCGGGCCAGGGCCGGGGGGUGGCGGGCCGGCGGGCGACGGGCCCCUGCAUCACUUCCACAGCCCGCACUUCCGUCGGGACCAGCCCCAGCUGCUGGUGCACCUCAAGCGCCUCACCAGCGCCAACAAGGCCAAGCUGGCGGCCGGCCUCGAGGUCUCCUGCCGCCCGCCCAACCGCUUCCAGAGGCUGCUGCUCACCUCCGCCUCGGCUUCGGCCUCGGCUUCCACCUCCCCACUGCAGCACCAGGAGCCACCGCCGCCACCCCCGCCCUCGGGGGCCCGGCCUGAGCCUCACGGACCAGUGGCCGUAGGACAGUUUCACCGGUCAUUCCGGAGAGAUAGUUUGUCUCCUUAUUCCUACGUAUCAACUUCAUCCCACAACCACAGCACUUUCCCGCUGAAAGGUUUAGAUCGGACCCCGAUCCCUCCUAGAACGUGGCAGAACUCCCUUGGGAUGCACCCAGGACAGGUGGAGACUUCCCCCACUUUCUCAGAUAAAGGGGUUCCAUUUCCUGUACUGCAGAGGUUUCCAACUGAGGUUACGUAUACCCUCCAGCCCAGCGCCACAUCUGUUCAUGUUCAGCAAGGGCCUCAAACAAUGGUCAGCUCCUCCCAGAAAUAUAGUAACUACACACCCUCAGCGCAGUACUCCCAAGCCUACUAUCCAACAGCUGUACUACAAUGUUGCUCCCCAUCUACCCACAUGGAUGCCCUAAGUAGCUGUGUCAGUCCCACUGCCUCUUCCUAUGCACACUGCAAUUAUUUCCAGAAUCCUCCAAUGCAGUCUUCCUAUCCAGUUGAGUUUCUACCUUCUAACUGGCCGUGUGGUGCUACCGAUGAAAAUAAGAAAACUGAAGUAAACUUGGAAGCUGUCUUUCAAAUUGUAGAUGAGCUACAUUCAUCCCCUAAAUUGGAGAUGGUAAAGGUAGAGCCUGUAGAAAACCAGGGGCCAACGUCUCAGUCUAACAGGGGCCAACAUAUCCUGGCAAAUCCAAGCAAUAGCAAUGCAUCUUCCACGAGUCAGACUAGCCAGCUGGAGCCACUCACUCCAGUAGGUUCAGAUAUUACAUCAUUUGUGGUUGGAACAGAACAAGCAAUUACCUGCUCUCUGCCACAGUCACCUGAAUAUAUCUAUACCAUCCACACUGCUCAGCCUGUUGAAAAUACCACUGCAAUAACAGUUCAGGAACCUGCAGGAGCCAUCCAACAAGCUCAUGUAAAACUGAAGGAACAGCUGAGUCAUAAUCCAUCUCCAUCGUCAGUAGUGUUUGUUCAGGAGGGGCUACCAUUCAGUGCACAUCAGGUGGAUGCCAGUAUAAAGUGCCAGACCAAUCCACCUGAGAAUAUCCUGCCUUCAGAGCAGAUGGGAUUCCUUAUUUCAGAUAUGGGGCCAACCAGCAAACCUAGUAAAGAUACAGGUUCAUCCACCCCAGCCAGAUACAGAGAGCGAAGAAGCAGCUCACAGCAGGGCAAGUCCCCUGAUCUCCAUCUGCUGGUGGAUGUGGCUUGCAAGCAGGAGCACUUUCCAAAGGAGGAAGAAUUAAAAGAGUGA